GCGAGGGGCGCGGCUCGGGCCUGACCCGGGCGGGGGCGGGGGCGGGGCGCCGCCGUGGCGACAGGGCCGCGCCAACGGGUGCCAGGUCAGCAGCGGGCUCGGCGGGUCACCGUGUGGUGCUUCAACAGAGGGCAGGCUCCGUGCCGAGCUGCCAUAGCAGCGUCCGCUCAGCCCUGGCAGCGCUCUGGUCCCCAGGCCCCUAUGAAUUCAUCGGUGACACGUUCUGCUUCACCCCAGAGACCAAGCCCAGCCCUUGAGAACAGCACCGUUCAGAAACAGCGGCAAGAGCUCCAGCUUUUGAUUGCAGAACUGAAAGAUCGUGAUGAGGAACUCAGUGACAUGGUUGCAGUGCAUCAGAGGCAGCUUCUGGCCUGGCAGGAUGAUCGUCAAAAGACACUGACUUUAGCAGAGCGUUGCAACUUCUUACACAGUGAGCUGAAGAAAAGAAAUGAAACUAUACAAUUGCUGACCAAAAGGUUAAAGUUCUUAGAAUCUCAGCAGAAUGACAGUAAGGUAACACUUGAAAAUGCACAACAGAAGUCUGAAGAGCUGUCUCAAAAAGUAAGAGAUGCAACUGUUCACUGUCAGGCUCUGGAGGAGAAAAAUCAAAGUCUCCACUGCUCAGUUUUGGAACUGUCUGCUAAAACAGGCCAGCUGCAAGCGAGGGAACAGGAGCUUCUUACUAUGCUUAAGCUGAAGGAUGAGGUUAUACUUGAAACAACUGAGCACAUUACUGAGUUUACAUCUCAGUUCAGAAUGCUGGGAAGUGCACUGUGUGAAGCAAAGCUGGAAGAAUUCAGUCUCAACAAAGAAAAGCAACAACUCAAACUGAGGCUGGGAGAACUGAUACUUGAAACAAAUAAGCUGAAAGAUGACCUGUGUGAAAAGGAGAAGGAAAAUAAUAAGCAGCAGGCAGAAAUCACUCACCUCAAACAAGAAAACGGCAGCUUGAGGAAUGACCUCGCACUUGCUGUUGAGAAAGCCAAGAGAAAGGAUCAGCUCCUUCAGAUUGCCAAGUCCAAACAAGAGCGGGCUGACGCGGAGCUGUCCAGGUUGCGACAGAUCUAUGUAAAACAGCAGCAUGACUUGCAGUUUCUUCAUAUCAAUUGGGAGAGCUCUCAGGAAUUAAGGCAAAAGCAUGAGAAGGCAGCACAUGAAAGGAGGUGGCUUUGCUGGAUUGACUACAAAUACCCAGUGAAGUUGUCAGAUACCUUUUCUUUCAUGGAAUCAGAAAAUUGGUUGGAAAAGCCCUUGAAGCUGCUGCAGUCCCAGCCCUGCCCUCACCCUGCCCAGCCCAGCACUGAGCCACAGCCCUCAGCACCUCAGCUCCAGGGCUUUGGUAUCCCUCCAGGGCUGGGCACUCCCCCAGCUCCCUGGGCAGCCUGGCACAGGGGCUGACACCCCUCUCAGGGAAAUGGUUCUGCCUCAGCUCCAACCUCAACCUCCCCUGGGGCAACUUGAGGCCGUUUCCUCUUGUCUUAUCAUUCAUUACUGGGUUGAGAAGACUGACCACCACCUCACUGCAGCCUCCUGUCAGGGAGUUGCACAGAGUGAUUGUGUCUCCCUUCAGCAUCCUCUUCUCCAGAUUAAACACCUCCAGCUCCCUCAGCCUCUCCCCAUCAGACUUGUGCUCCAACCGCUUCCUGAGCUCCAGUGACCAUUCCUGGGCACACUCCAGCCCCUCAGUGUCUUCCUUGUAGUGAGGGGCUCAACACUGAACGUGGUAUUUGAGGUGUGGCCUCACCAGGGCCAGUUACUUGGUCAGGAGACACCAUGAGUAUCAGUCACAGAAUAAAGCAGUGUAUCCAGGCUGGAGAGUUCAUGAUGUUUUUCAGAAAUGCAAUAGUCUGGUGCUAGGGCUGUCAAUCUGCCUCACUGCUACUUUUGUUUUAAAGUUAAUGUUGCCUUCAGAUUAGGAGAUUGCUGCCCAGCCUGGAGGUUCAGGCAGAAUCACCACACUGUGUAAAACAUGAGGGAACUCUCAGACUGAUGUUGGAAAGUAACAGCCAAAUCUGGGCAGGCAUCUGUUGGGUUUUGGCAGGAUCUAGCUGCUUGUUGUAUAUGAACUACUGCAGAGCCAUGGCUACAGCCCCUGGUUCCUGUAGAGCUUUAACCUUGAGUACAGUUCUGUAUGCUCUUUAAAUGCAGCAUUCCUGACUGCUUGCUUUAUCAUGCCAUUGUGGCACAGGUGUGGCACUGCCUACCCCUGAGAGUAACAGCAAGACACACAUGGUGAGGACUGAGGGCACUCACUGAGUGUGAAAUUGCACAUGUUCUAAAAAAUAGGGUAAAAACCACCUCUGAGAUGUAAGGAGUAGAUAACAGACUGUUAGUGACUGCAUCAGACUGGGAGGAAAUGAGCUCAGCAUACCCAGACCAGCGUCAGAAGUUGUGAAAGUCUCGGCGGUCCUUAUGGAAGAAGAAGAAAAGCAGGAUGUUGCAUCAAGCUCUGAUGAGCCAGGCACACAGGUAUUUUGUGAAGCAAACACAAGGCCAUUGGGUAACAGGGAACUCUCUGAGAAUGGAGUGGAAAGCGUUGAGUCAUCUGUAGCUGAAUGUGAGCAUUGGCUUCGUGUCACUUCUUGUGUCGAUUUGCAAAGUGCCUUGGUCCAGCACACGGUCACAUCUGACCAAACUGGUGAUGAAGAUAAAACCUGGGAAGACACAACUGGAACUCUGGCCAAAAUAGCAGAGAAUCUCCUGCUGCAGUUCACAACUCUGAAUGUGAUUCCUGUAGCAAUAACUCCAUCAUAAACCAAAGAUGCAUGGUGGAAGCCAGCACCGUGCCUGGGAUGGUUUUCAGACCCAUAAAAGGAGAUGGAAGUAUGUGGCAUGCAAAAGAUUGCAGCUGUCUCAAGACUGCACAAGAGAUGAAAUGUGCCAGCUCAGGAAGGUUAUGUGCUUGUUACAUUUAAGAAAUAGAUAGGUACAAGCUGGAGUUCUGCAGAAACUUGAGUGUACAAGCUCUCAAUAAUUUGUGUUGUCUCAAGUGAUGUUGAAAGUAACUACUCUCUUAAAAUUAGUCUCCCAACUUGAAAAGUAGCACAUUUAAAAUCAGUUAAAGAGCUCUAAGGUAUCAUGAUGCUAUUUUCAUGCAUUUAUUUUCUCUCAUCUCUCAUCCCCAAGAGCUGUGUGGGUAGGAGAAGCUGCAGCACCACACAGCUGCCAAAUAAACUCAUUGAGAAAAAUGCACCUUUGAA